AUGAAAAAAAAAGGAAUCUGUAAAAACUCUACCUAUAAGAAUUAAAAAAAGGAAUCUGUAAAAAAAUAGACUUAACCUCAAUUAAUUGACGGUUUAAAUUGAAAAAUCGUUUUUUUGCUGUCAAAAAAAAUCAUUUUGAAGAUGGGAAAAGAUUAUUACAAGAUUUUAGGUAUAAGUAAGACCGCGAGUGAUGAUGAUAUUAAAAAAGCUUAUAGAAGAAUGGCUUUAAAGUAUCAUCCGGAUAAAAAUAAAACUCCUGGGGCUGAAGAAAAAUUUAAAGAAGCCGCCGAAGCAUACGAAGUACUUUCAGAUAAGAAAAAACGCGAAGUUUACGAUAAAUACGGCGAAGAUGGUUUGAAAGGAAGCAUUCCGGACAACUCAUCAGGAUUUUCUUAUCAAUUUCACGGUGAUCCACGCGCAACUUUCGCCCAAUUUUUCGGGAAUACGAAUCCUUUCGAUGAUUUUUUCGAUGUGAAAUUUCCAUCGAUGCGUAACGACGAUUCUUUCGGCAAUUUAAAGCACAUGUUUAAUCUUCACAAUCAAUCGGGCGUUGAUGUCAUGGAUAAUCCACAACAAGAUCCACCGAUUGAACAUGAAAUUUUCGUUUCUUUAGAGGAAAUUAUGGAGGGUUGCGUAAAGAAGAUUAGAAUUAAUAAAAAAAUUAUUGGUGCCGAUGGAAAGAGUCGCCGGGAAGAUAAAUAUUUAUCAAUAAACGUUAAACCCGGUUGGAAAGCUGGGACUAGAAUAACUUUCCCGAAAGAAGGCGAUCAAAAUCGUAAUAAGAUUCCUGCGGAUAUCGUUUUUAUAAUCAGAGAUCGAGCUCAUGAAGUUUUUAAACGUGAAGGAAGCGAUAUAAAAUACGAAGCAAAAGUGACCUUGAAAGAAGCAAUUUGUGGAGGGGUUGUUUAUGUACCUACUUUGGGUUCAGAUGUUGUUCCUUUGUAUUUUACAAAUGAAAUUAUUACACCUAAAACCGUUAUGAGAGUUCCCGCGAAAGGACUUCCGUAUCCUAAGGAAUCAUCGCAAAAAGGAGAUUUAUUAAUUACUUUUGAUAUUAUUUUUCCACCGCAACUUAGCGAUGCUACUAAAGAUGUUUUGAGAAAUGUUUUACCAUAAAUAAUAUGUAAUAAAAUUAAUGAAUUAA